GGUAUGGGUGCUUCGUAAAUCGCUGACCACACCCUGGAAACCAGACGCACAGACGUUGCUGAGGCACAGAGGAAGAAUUCACAGUUGAAAACCUGCAUAAGGGGGAAUUCAAAACAGCCCUCUUCACCCAGGCAUUUGAUGGUUGACAGAUCCUGUUUCCAGCACCCUUGAAAUUGCUAGCUGUGACGGUAUGUGAUUGUUUUAAAAUGUUAUUGGAUGUUCUUAAUGUCUUUAAAUGUUUUUAGAUGUUCUUGUUUUAAAAUGUUUUAAAUAUGUUUUCAUGUUGUUUAAAAUCGUUUGUUUUUGCUGCUUUGCUGUUUGCUGCCCUGGGCUCCUUUGGGAGAAAGGGCGAGUCAGAAAUGUAAUUUUAAAAGUAAAAUAAAAUAACGUGUAGUUUUAUUCUGAGAGAACCUGCAGAGAACAGUUGGAGAGAUCCAUCAUCUGUCAAACCUCCUGAUCUACAAGAUGCAUCAAAUGGUAGAGAUCUCCCGGUAGAGAUUCUUCACCUACGAUUUCCCGGAGGCAAAGCCAGGCAAUUCCGAGAAAAGAGCAGCUGCUCCGGUGCUGCUAAGCGACCGCUUCAGCUUCUCCAACAACAAGGGGAACAAGGAGCCAAGCUGAGCAAGGCGAGGAUGCUGACAAAAGGGCUCCUGCAGUUUGAUGGCAAGCUGUCCUCAUCCCCCUGCAGGCCAUUGGCUGGAAUGCUUCAACACAACACCAAAAAGUUGAUAAGGGAACCCUGCUGGGUUCGCUCCCAAAUUCACGAGGCAGAUCCCGCAUUGAUCUGAUCCAACCUGCCAUAGUGCAAUGGAGGAUAAGGCUACUAGCCACAAUAGCUAUGUUGUACCUGCACUGUCAGAGGCCAUAGGGCUCUGAAUACCAGUUGCAGACCUCCAAGCUAGCCAACUGGUUGCUUGCAGGCUUUCAUAGGCAUCUGAUUUGUGAUGGAUAUGAGCAGAGUAGCUCAGCUGUCUGAGCUGCGUGUGUGCCAGUGUGUGUAUUUACCUAAGAAGCAGGCUUUUACCUGCAUUUAAAUCGCUGAGACUUAAGACUUAGUAAAAUAAGAAAAGCUACUUUAUUUAUAGAGAUACAUAGUAGAUAGGAAAGGCAUACCUAGUUCUAACUAACUAACUAAAUUGGAGGCUCAGUGCCCUGGCUUGGGUAUCGCCUUCAUGGCUCAGGUGAGAGAACAAAGACAAAGAUGUCUCCUCUCUCCUCAGAGAGUCAAAGAAGAAGAUGAAGGAGGGGUAGAUAAGCUUCCCUGAGCAUAUCAGUUUUCAACGGAAGGAAGUCAGGUAGAGAAGAGCACAGGUAAAGGUAGGCAAGCCUAGCCAGAUGGAGGACCCUGACUCUACCUUCCUUCUGGAAUACAAACAAAAGAACCCAAACAGGAGUUGUUCUUGCCCCUCUUGCAGCAUGAUUGGCCACUGUGAGAACAGGACACUGGACUAGAACAGCAUGCUUGGCCUGAUCCAUCAGGGCCCUUGUAAUGUCCUUGGAGGAUAGUGCUGGAAGAAUAUGUGAAAGAGUGUUUGAACUUGCACCAAGCUUCAGGCUGUGUUGCUGUUGGGGAUUUAUUUCAUCAGGCCUCUGAUGUGGCCUUGCCUGGGGAACUACUUGAGAUGUGGCUGCUCAAAUCUUAGCAGAUCUCAUCUCCUUCAGACACUGAGAAUUGGGGUAUGCAGCAUUGCAACUGGCAAACAGUGAGAAGUUUCUGGAUUAGCCAGACCUGCUAUAAAUACCAGAAGCUUAGCCUGGCCUAUUCAGUGGAGGAUGGCCUUCUCCCAGAUGCAUCUUAGACUGUACCCCCACAGCAAUUUAUUUAUUAUCUUGUAUACCGCCCCAUAGCCAAAGCUCUCUGGGCGGUUUACAGUAACUAAAAACAAAUACAAUUUAAGAUGCAUCUUUUAAAAAACAAUUUAAAACACAAUUUAAAAAUUUAAAACAAUAUGAAACAUAUGCUAAAAUGCCUGGGAGAAGAGGAAAGUCUUGACCUGGCGCCGAAAAGAUAACAGUGUUGGCGCCAGGUGCACCUCGUCAAGAAGAUCAUUCCAUAAUUUGGGGGCCACCACUGAGAAGGCCCUCUCCCUUGUUGCCAUUCUCCCAGCUUCCCUUGGAGUAGGCACCCAGAGGAGGGCCUUUGAUCUUGAACUUAGUGUACGGGUGGGUUCGUAUCGGGAGAGGUGUUCCAUCAGGUAUUGUGGUCCCAAGCCAUGUAAGGCUUUAUAGGUCAAAACUAGCACCUUGAAUCGAGCUCGGAAACAUUAAGGCAGCCAGUGCAAGCGGGCCAGAAUCGGUUUUAUAUGUUUGGACCGUCUGGUCCUUGUUACCAAUCUGGCCGCUGCUCAAUUGAGCUCAAUGUUUGCUUGGUUAUGGCAUAAAAAGCCUUAAGCAGCUUGGGAGCAACUGAAGUUUGAGACUCCCUGGGUGUUGAAGUCCUCUGUUUGGCAGGAACUCAAGAAAGGGCCUUCCUGAUGUCUGCACCUAGACUUUGGAACUUCUUACCAAGGGAGGCUUAUCUAGUCCUUUUUAAAGAGGAGUUUGGGCUACUGGUCUGGUUGGUUUGUUCUGCUGCUCUGCAUUAUUUUAUAUUUUAAUUUAUUUAUGUUUUUAACUGACUGGCUUUUUCCGGUACUUAUACAGUUUUAUUGCAAAAUUGCUUAUUAUGUGGAUUGAUUAUUUUUUGUUGUGGAUUUUAUUGUUAGCUGCCUUGGGCAUCUUUACUGCAAAGGUUGAGGUAUAAAUGUAAUUCAUCCUCACUUUUACCAUCACCAUCAACCUAGGGGUAGAGAACCAAUAACACUCCAUGUCUGGCUUUGGGUACAGCCACCACAGCCCUGAUUGAAGUGUCCUGCAACCAUUUAAAAUCUUUCUGUGUUUUCAGGGGAAGCAUGGGAAACACUUGACAUACAUGAAUGCUGCAACGUAGCUGUUUGCCUUGCUUUCAGGGAUGCUGUGCAUUAAGCUUUAAAGAGGCCACUAUGUGAUAACUAAUUUGAUGUGCAGAGUAACCACCCAAACACUCCAUGCAACAUGCUGCCUUGCUCAGAAGUUGUUAGUAGCAGGUUGUUAAUCCAAGGGAGGGAAGGGAUGCCAAGUGAGUCCGAGAGCGACAAGACAUGAUUGAAAGGGGCCUCAGGUAAGACUGUGAAGUGAAAUGGAGGCCUUGUCAAACUGGAUAAUGAGUGGUUAUGGCAGUAAUGUGCUUUGUCCAACUCACCAGGCACAAUUUCCUUGUUCCUGCCAUAGAGUGGCUGAAAUCUUGUCUGAUCAGUAAUUGGUCACAGUUUAGAGAUCUGUCUCCUGUGAUAUCUGCUACCAACUUUGUAGUCUAAUAAUUCAUCAUGAUUGGGUCACCCCACAUGCUAUGGGUCUUUGCUGCAGUCACAGAUUUGUGGUGGAGACUCGCAGUGUCCUGUUCAUGUGAUAUAUAUUACUUUACACGUAGCAUUGCCUGUGGUGUGGAAGGUUUGUGUCCGUGUUCAUCCCGUUGAGGGUCUUUCCUGCCAACUGUAUCUUUGCACAGCGGGCAUGUGGUUGUAACUACUUUGCUGUGGGACUGAGACAUCUUUUUCCUAUUCCUUGUUGCUGGCUGGUUUCCCACCAAUACUUCUAUUUGUCUUGCAUCCAUCUUUCUCCUUGAACUUGAGUGUCAAGUUUAGAUUUAAUUAUAAUUGUAAAAUUAGACUAAGAGAAUGACUUUGAAAUAGUGAAUAGCAUUACAAAUGCCGAGUUGUGAAUUUCCCAAACUAAACUGCAUAUUCACAAGUAAUAGAUGUUAAGCUGAAUAGCUGCCUCUAAAACUCUAUAAUCUGUAAGAGCAGGAUGCCACAUGGCUUCACCCUGCUUUUUUGACUAAAAAGAAGAAUCACCAUCUUAUGGCACAAUGAAAUGAAAGGAGUGCUGGGUCGUCUCUUGACUGCCAUACCAAGGGCAAAUAUCAGGUGGGGUCUAGGCAGCCGGGCAGACUUCCAUUUCAAUUUCACCAUGAAGCAAUUGUUCUUCUCUUGGCUUCAUCCCUUUCAUUCUGAAGGGGCUGCCAUAAAAGGAACCUGCAAUCUGUGGGAUAAAAUUGCUAGAAUUGCUUCAUAUGUUUUUUUAAUAAUGUUUUCAACCCUUUUUUAAAGUUGUUUUUAACGCUGUUUUGUUUUAAUGUAUUUUAAGAUCUGUUUUUAUGAUGUUUUAAAGUGUUUUUAGCACUUUGUUUGCCACCCUGGGCUGCUGCUGGGAGGAAGGGCGGGAUAUAAAUAAAUAAAUAAAAACAGUUAUGUGGUUCUAUCUGUAACAGAGUAAAAAGUGGCUAAAAUUGAAUGAGCAAUAACCAGCCCCACUCUCCAUGCUUUUUCCUAACUCAAUGCAAUGUAGCAGAAUAAAACAAGCAAGCUCCAGUAAAGUAUAAAAAGUUGUUUACUCAUGACCUCUACGUGUAUACAGCGAUACAGGCACAGCUUAGGAAAUCAGAAAGAUUUCUUUCAGUCCAUGGUUUUAGCUUCUGGCAUGCAGCCCCAUGCCGGCUUGCUCAUGUGGUAAUGGAGAAUUGUUGUUGAUCACAAGCUAAAUGUGAGCCAACAGCGUGAUGUGGCUGCAAAAAAGGCAAAUGCUAUUUUAGGCUGCAUUAACAGAAGUAGAGUUUCCAAAUCACAUGAAGUACUCGUUCCUCUCUAUUCAGCACUGGUUAGGCCUCACCUUGAGUACUGCAUCCAGUUCUGGACACCACACUUUAAGAAGGAUGCAGACAAACUGGAACAGGUUCAGAGGAGGGCAACAAGGAUGAUCAGGGGACUGGAAACCAAGCCCUAUGAGGAGAGACUGAAAGAACUGGGCAUGUUUAGCCUGGAGAAGACUAUGGGGAGAUAUGAUAGCACUGUACUUGAGUACUUCAAGUACUUGAAAGGUCGCCACACAGAGGGCCAGGAUCUCUUCUCGAUCGUCCCAGAGUGCAGGACACGGAAUAAUGGGCUCAAGUUACAGGAAGCCAGAUUUCAGUUGAAUAUCAGGAAAAACUUCCUAACUGUUAGAGCGGUAUGAAAAUGGAACCCAUGACCUAGGGAGGAGGUAGGCUCUCCAACAUUGGAGGCGUUCAAGAGGCAGCUGGACAGCCAUUUGUCAGGUAUGCUUUAAUUUGGAUUACUGCAUUGAGCAGGGGGUUGGACUUGAUGGCCUUAUGGGCUAAACUCUAUGAUUCUAUGAAUUCAAAAGGCUGCACAGCAAGAAGGAGGAGGAAGGGAAAUGCAAAACAACAAAGAAGCACAAAGCUACGUAACAGCAAGUUAAUUUACAGAGUUUCCUUUUCCCCUUUACUAAAGCAUGUAUAACCCUGCCCCCUAGUGGUGGCAUGUGAGGUUUCCUCUGUCCAACACAACCAGACCUAGAUCUCUGGAACCCCAAAUAUGGGUUGGGUACGUGGUCCCACUGUGGGCAAAUGGCAGCUCAGGAGCUCAGCCUGUUCCUUUAGAGGGGGCUCUGUGGUUUUGCAGCUGCCAAUUCCCAUUCUCCCUCCUCACUGCACUUCUGGAGAGAAAAAGAGGGGAGAAAACAAGGCCUGAGGAAGGCAAAUAUGAAGGGAAAUCAGUGCAUAGCAGGAGGAACUCCCCCCUUACUCGUGAGCACUGUUAUUUCUCACCUUGGUCUUUAUUUCAGGUAGAAAGAGGGUAAAAGUUGGGGAAUGGUUGUUUGAUUUGCUAGGAAGCAAUGACAGAUGGGCAGGGAUGAGUAAUUAACCUUGCACUCCAGUACCUAUCCAAAGUGGAUUGCCAGUAGAAAUAGCUGCUGUUGGCCAGGAACCUGGCUGUGGCUAGCCUGACUUACCUGUACAAUUGUCAGCCUUUCUGUGGUCUCUUCACCUAGAUGGCAAUCUCAGUACUGGUCAAUGGCUAAGCAAUGGAAUUCGCUGUUCUCUUGGUUUCACCUCUGCUGCUGCAGGUGCGGAAAGAUGGCUUGCUUCUCCUUCCUGAAGAUGAUGAUGUUUAUAUUCAACAGUGUGAUAUUCCUGGGAGGUCUAACUUUGCUGGGCAUCGGCAUCUGGGUGAAGGUGGAUGGUAGUUCCUUUGUGAAGGUCCUGGGAGCAGCAGCUCCACAGUUGUUGCAGCUGAUCAACGUGGGUUACCUGUGCAUUGCUGUUGGCACCUUCCUCCUCCUCAUGGGCUUCAUGGGAUGCUGGGGGGCCAUGAAAGAAAGCAAAUGCCUGCUGCUGGUGUUUUUUGUGGUCAUACUGAUUCUGUUCAUAGCAGAAGUGGCAGGUGCUGUUGUGGUGCUGCUUUUCUCUUCUGUGGCAGAUAUAUUUAUUGAGCACUUGAAAAAUUGGGCCAUGAAGACUUUAAAAGAGGACUACGGCAGGCAAGAGGACAUCACGGCUAUUUGGGAAACAACAAUGAAAGAGCUGGAAUGCUGUGGAUUCAACAGCUAUACUGAUUUCAACAAUUCCUACUUCUAUGAAACCCACACUGAAAAAUAUCCCUCCUUUUGCUGCUCCAUCAACAAAGAAUGUCAGGAAUCUGAAGUAGACCACAACAAGCAGGGCUGCCUGAAUGAGUUCCAGGUGUUCCUGAGCAGCAAUGGGAAGAUUGUCGGAGGGGUGGCUCUAGCUAUUGGGGUCCUUGAGCUGGCUGCCCUGGCCGUCUCUUUGAUCUUGUAUUGUCAGAUUGGUACAAAUGCCUGAAGCAAAAGUGUUCAACAGCAUAGCUCUGGCUCCAGCUGUCGGCUUCUUCACCAGCCCUGAAAGAGACAUGAAAAGCAUCCUUCUACACAGAGCAUAUGCGGCCAUAACUGAGUCAACAUAGCUACAAAACCUUGAUAAUCAUUCUUAAUUAUUUGCCAUUAAUCUUUCAUUGGUCUUCUUUUCCAAAAAACAACCCUAACUUAACAGUACACAUACCUCUGUCUUCAAAGGCACUGUGAAAACAUAUAUAUCGGUGGUUUUGUGCUUUCCCUGCACCUUACCCUACAUGGUGAGAAAUCCCAAGGCAGUUUCACAUCACAGAUGAGUAGCAUCUGGCCUGCAGAGGCCAAAUACAGCCUUCCUGGCCUCUCCAUCUCACCCUUGGGACUUUCCCAGCCCAUGCCCCUCACCUGCUCCAUUCUGCACCCUUCUCAAGUGUCCCUGUGCAGUGAU